CUGAAAGCCAAGAGAUGUACGUUUUUAACUUGACGUCACUCACAGAGUCUGAAAAUGUCUUGUUGGCGUCAGUGUAUUAUUAUAUUGGUGAUCUGCUGCACGCUGAGUGGAAUUGUUCCCAGUCCAGAGGCUGUUCUCAUGACAGGCGCAGGAAACCCGAAAUUCAGAUAUGUCUUUCAGUUUGGACCUUUCCUUCUGUUAGGAACCAGACUCAGAGCCUGGGGCGUUUCCUAAUAAGUGUCUCCGCUGCUUACCAGGAUGUGCUUUCCUGGCAGUGGAAGGAUAUCACUCGGCUCCUGCAUGAGGCAAAACAAAACAAUGAACUUCUCAUUGGUGUCAAAAUUGAUCUCACCAGCCAUCAACCCUGGAAGAGGGUGCCUUCUCACUAUGAACCCUACAUUCUGAUCUAUGCCAAUGAUUCUGCUAUUUCAGAGCCAGAGAGCGUUGUCUCUAGUUUGCAAGGGCGCCGUCAUCCUCUGGCAAGGGUCUUUCCCAGGCCAGAAAGCCAUGUGAGGAGCAGCCUUGGGAAGCGGCGGCAAAAACGCUCUGCAAGAGUCCUGUUGCCAUUGCGGAAUAACGAGCUCCCGGGAGCUGAGUACCAGUACGAUGAGGAUGCAAGAUGGGAAGACGGAAAACCCUACAAAACCUUCCAGCCACGAUUAGCAGAGAGGGUGAAGAGUAAGAAAAAGCAGAGGAAGAAUCAUCACCAGAAGAGCCAGACUCUCCAGUUUGAUGAGCAAACACUGAAGAAGGCGAGGAGGAAGCAGUGGAAUGAGCCGAGGUACUGUGCCCGGCGCUACCUCAAGGUGGAUUUUGCAGACAUUGGCUGGAGCGAGUGGAUUAUUUCCCCGAAAUCCUUUGACGCCUAUUACUGCUCGGGGGAAUGCCAGUUCCCGAUUCCGAAGGCCUUGAAACCGUCCAACCAUGCCACCAUCCAGAGCAUAGUGAGAGCCGUCGGAGUCGUCCCGGGUGUUCCCGAGCCUUGCUGCGUUCCUGACAAAAUGUCUUCUCUUAGUAUCUUAUUCUUUGAUGAAAAUAAAAACGUGGUUCUUAAGGUGUACCCCAACAUGACAGUGGAAUCCUGCGCAUGCAGAUAACGUCUCAGGAGACCCUUUUGAAAUGCUGAGAUGAUCGCUUGCUGUUUGCGGGGGGGUGCGGUGUUUCAUGAUACCUACUUUUUGUUUGCACUGCCAAUGCAUUUCCUU